UUUGAGGUAACCGGCUAUGUUUCUAGUAAUAGACUGUAAGUGAAAGAAGUGAUCAUCCGGGCUUUCAUUCGAUUCUUUCAAAAAAAUUCGGCACGUUCAAUCAGUCACUCCGCCAACGUGACAUCACUUUCUAGUUUUCUUCAUUCACAUUUUUUCCGCGAAAAAUAACGGCAUAUACCAAACUCCUCCACAAUUUCCGUUAAACAUCGUUGUCUUCUCCUAGACAUUCGCACAUCCAAAACCCAAACACAAAACAAUGGGCUCUCUCCCUCGAUCUCCCCAAAUCUCUGAAACAACACUCUUAAACCUUUUCAAAUCCCAACAAAACCACCUUAACUACUUCUUCCAACACCUUUCCUUGCCUCAAGCCUUGUCAUUCACCCAAACCCUCCUCAAAUGUCGGGGCACAAUCUUCUUCACGGGUGUCGGCAAGUCCGGAUUUGUCGCCAACAAAAUCUCUCAGACAUUGAUCUCUCUCGGCAUCAAGUCCGGGUUUCUCAACCCUGUCGACGCCCUUCACGGCGAUAUCGGGAUCUUGAGCGAUCAAGACGUUUUGGUUCUCCUUAGUAAGAGUGGGAACACAGAGGAGUUGUUGAGACUUGUCCCCUGCGCCAAGGCUAAGGGUGCUUAUCUUGUGUCGGUGACGUCGCUUGAGGGUAAUGCACUUGCGGAUGUUUGUCAUAUGAACGUUCAUUUGCCAGUUGAGAGGGAGUUGUGUCCGUUUGAUUUGGCGCCGGUUACAUCGACGGCUAUUCAGAUGGUGUUUGGGGACACGGUGGCGAUUGCUAUGAUGGGCGCUAGGAAUUUGACCAAAGAAGAGUAUGCAGCUAAUCAUCCGGCUGGAAGAAUCGGAAAAAACUUGAUUUUUAAGGUGAAAGAUGUGAUGAAGAAGCAGGAUGAGCUUCCAGUUUGUAAAGAGAGAGAUAUGAUAAUGGAUCAGUUAGUGGAACUCAGUAGUAAAGGAUGUGGGUGUCUGCUUGUUAUAGAUGAAAAUUAUCAGCUGAUUGGAACAUUUACUGAUGGUGAUUUGCGGCGCACUCUCAAGGCUAGUGGAGAAGCCAUCUUUAAGCUCACUGUGGGUGAAAUGUGUAACAGGAACCCAAGAACAAUAGGUCCAGAUGCAAUGGCAGUGGAAGCCAUGCGGAAGAUGGAAUCGCCACCAUCUCCGGUACAAUUUUUGCCUGUUAUUAAUGACCAAAAUGUAUUGAUUGGAAUUGUCACUUUGCAUGGACUAGUUUCAGCUGGUCUUUGAUUUUUAUUAUCUGCCUUUCUUGUCUGUAUUCUGAAUGGGAUAUGAGCUUCAAUACUUCCUCCCACCGAACAACAGCGUUAGGAAUUGAGGCUGUUGCAUCUGUUUUGUCAACAAUCAUAAUAGAAAUGAGAAACUAGAAUUACUUGUUUCUUUUUCCUUGAAA